GUAAGUUUCUUUGGGGCUUCACCGUUAACGGAUUGUAUGGGAACCUUCACAAAAAAUGUGGACUUGUACGGAAUUCUGGAGGUCACUAAAGGUAAGACACCGACCGAUAUCAAACGAGCCUAUCGUCUUCUAGCUCUGAAGUAUCAUCCAGACAAAAAUCCAGACGAUUUCGCGGUUGCGGAGAAAUUCGAAGAAAUUAACCGCGCCCAUGCAAUCCUGCAUGAUCCGAGUAGAAGACAGAUAUACGAUAAUUCCCUAACGAAGGUGUCGUCGUGUGGGAUACUGCCCAUUUCGUUACACAUUAGCCUAUAG